AUGACGUCAAUGCCGGGGGAACCCCUCGUCAAUAACUACAAAAUUCCCACUUGGUAAAAGCGAUUCCUACUAAUUGCUCCUUUUUAGGGCUGGGAAACCUCCGACAGGCCUACAUCUUGAUGUUAUGAAAGAGGGCAAGUUAGUUCAGGUAACCAAAGUAACCUCGAUUUUUUUGCCUGAGUUGUACUUAAUUUUGCACUGCAUCUGGUUAGAAUCCUUACCUAGAAUAAGCGUAUGUGAAGGCUUAUGAAGGAUUUCGCGGUUUUCGUUAUGUUCAGCCGCCGUAUUCUUGUAUUAACUCACUCUGCGUGUGCCGAGUUGAGUGUUCCUCCGCACACAGCUGAAAGCAGCAGAAUAAGCAACUAUGUAGUACCCGAGUAGCUGUCUUCUUAACUUUGUCUGACAAGGGACCUUCUAAAGUCGGCAAUCCUCAUACUUUUUCCAACGACUGCCCAGGUUAAACGGAGUCAGAGUCCACUUUCAUCUCUCCGACAUCCAAUUCGUCGACACAGUCAGACAGUAUAGAAUGAUGACUUUUACGCAAAGUUUAUUAAUAUAGCUCGAACCAGAAGAUAGGUAGAGUAGGAAAAGUAAACAACUCGGUAGUGUCCACACGGUCGUGGACUUGCAACUUUCAAUUGGUGGGUCUGUCCAAGGUCACAUCCGGCGCGCUGUCCUACCCUUGGCUCACCUCAGGCGGUCCUCGCUCACAGGCAAUCACUUCAAAUCCAAAAGGAAAACAACAACGCAAUAACAAACGUUAUGUAAAGUGUAUACAGAACAUUCAAACAAGUAUAUUUGUCCGGGAUUAGCACUUUGCACUUGUUUAUAUAUGUCUGAAAAUAUUUAAACACAGUGCCGCUAAUUUGCUUAUUUUUAUUGGUUACAGAAACUCAUGAUCGAUGAAAAGAGUUGCUACUUCUUUGGUCGUAACCGCCAACUAUGCGACUUUUCAGUCGACCACCAGUCCUGCUCCCGUGUCCACGCAGCACUUGUUUGGCACAAACACUUAAAUCGCGCCUUUAUUAUUGAUUUGGGGAGCGUACAUGGGACCUUUAUCGGCAAAAUACGUCUGGAGGCCGACCGACCUCAACAGGUAUUACGCCGUCCCUACUGUUUGCUUUCCGGCAAAUAGUUGCGUACAUUCAUGCCGUUUGUUUAUCUUUUCCACUCCUUUACUCUGCGGCCUCCAUUGUUCCGUUACUAAAGCUUUCUUUUAGUCUAAGUUUGUACUCGAUAUACUCUUCAUUUCUGCUAUUAUAUUAACUGGUUUUCUGUAAGUUUAUAGCGGAUGUUCCCGGUAGUUUUAUCUUAUGCUAGGCGUCCUACUACCUACUGCUCAUCGUUAUUUUCUCUAAAUAUUAAGGUCACACAGGUGUCUGUUACAUGUAUACAACAUUUUAUUUUGAUUCCGGCUGCUAUCCCGUCCCAUUGGGCCCCAAUUUGGUUGCUGAUGAAAGUCUUGACCAGCUUUAUGAAAGAUUUUCGAACCCGUUUCAACUUCCAGCCCCAUUCGACAAACCAAGGCCUGGGACUGAACCUCGACACGGGCGUGUUUGGGACGGUCAGUAAUAAUCACGCCGUUAUUUUCGUUAUGGAGGGUGCCUUUCUGUCGCAUACCUCGUUCGAACCCAGAAAACAAUCCUAGGGCGUUUAUGAGCGGUGCCGCGCAAUAUCAUUCGAUAGCAACGUAGUAAAGUGCCAGAGAGGCUUUCUGACGUAAGAAGGCGGAUCAUACUAACUGGCUUUCAUAGGCAGUUUGAGUCGCAUAUUUCAUUGCAGCAGAUUGCUUGGUUUUUUUGACUGAUUGCGUACAGUAGUAGGUCUCUACCAACCGUCCAGUUAGCAGGCAUACACAACCACUAGUCUUGGAUUCUUGGCAGUCAAAGUCUCCAUUUACAGUUGUUUAAAUGUCAAUUAACGCUAGUAGUGUCGCCUUAGUUCAAAUAUUCCCUUCUGCGCUGGUAACGAGCACGGCCGUCUGCCGCAUAUGAAAUCGACCGAAGUGCCAGUAAGCAAGUGUGAAUCAGUGGUGCAGGACCGAUAGUUUGAAAUUCAAAUUAAAUGCCAUCUAAUGUCAUUGAUUGCCGAGGCAUUAAUCCUUGAACGAACAGGCCGCUUUCCUAGCCACGUCGUGGCCAGUUGGCGCAGAAACAGGUCAGUAAAUAAUGAGGAUCAUAUCAGCAGGUAUGACUUGUCGAUUAUGAAAUUUGUCGUAUCGAACCUCUGUAUGAUGUGGUCACUCAGCCUAUUAUAAAAGGUCUGUCCCGAGUACGUGCUUAUACUGUGCAGGCCAUACGAGAGACCCAAACAAUCUCUAGCCAUUGCGCAUUUAGCUUUAGCAUUCAUGAACGUGCAAAUGCAAAAGAGGCCAUUAAAAUCACUGACCAAUCUGCCAACAUAAACAUUGCUCCGAUCACACUUACCAUACCCGACUCAACUGGGCUCUAUGCUAUACCUUAGCCGCACCACGGCUCACUGCCUUCCAUCAAAGUUUGUCAGGACUAUGACUCUACUUCAGGUCCACUU